AUGAAUAACACAUCUUGUCCUCGUGUCAGCCUUGACUUUACAACCACUUUCCUUCCUCCUGUUUUCAUCUUGGUAUUCAUCAUUGGUCUGGUGGCUAAUGGAUUGGGACUGAAGUCUUUGCUGCAGAACUGGGAAAAACUGAAGAUCAUCAAUGUGUUUGUUCUCAACCUCGGACUUGCAGAUAUUUUGUAUCUGCUCACACUACCAUUCUUGGUGGUGUACUACUUUAAGGAGAGUACAUGGAUCUUUGGAGAUGCAUUCUGCAAGAUAACAAGAUUCUGCUUCAACCUGAAUUUAUAUGGCAGCAUUGGAUUCCUUACUUGUAUAAGUGUGUACAGGUACCUGGCUAUUGUCCAUCCAGUGAGAGUGAUGGGAAGAAUAACUGUCACUCAGUCUGUGGCUAUCUCAGUCAUGGUUUGGCUGUUGGUGGGUGUUCAAAGUCUUCCAGACAUGUUCUAUGCCAAAACCAAUGAAGGAAAUACGUCAGCAAAAUGCUAUCAUACCACCACUGGAGCCUAUGUUGAGGAUUACCUGAAAUACAGCCUUGGAUGGACACUGACUGGGUUUUGUAUCCCACUCCUCAUCACCCUGGGCUGCUAUGGACACGUGAUUGUCGUUCUCUGUCGCAAAAAUACCACUCACAUGGAACUUAAACAAAGGAGUUUGAGGUUGUUGUUUAUUUCGAUCCUCCUAUUCUCUGUUUGUUACAUUCCCUAUCACGUAGUUAAGAACCUUAACCUCUGGUCGAGAGUUCUGGACAAACAGAUGAUAUGCCGUAAAUGGUCUGCGAGAGUUUACAUCGCUCAUCAGAUAAGUCGUGGCCUUGUGUGUCUGAACAGUGCUCUCAACCCUCUGGUUUACCUCCAUGUGAAUGAAGAAAUUCCUGCUCAGGUCAGACAGCUGCUUCAGCGAGCUCGUCAAAUGUUCAACCGUUUGUUUCUGUCAAACUCCGACUCUUCUCCUGUGGCUCAAACUGCAGACGAAGAUUAACGCGAGUAAACAUGUCACUAAUUCUAUUAAAAGAAUCCUAUAAACAUCUGUGCAAAAUGCCCAUGCAAAUUGUAGAUGAAGUUAAAUAUAACAAUGUUCAGUGAAUGAAAGCUCAAACAGCUGCUCUGCAACUUCUUUAGACUAACAUCUAGCUCUUUAUUGUAUAUUACUUAAAACAUUAGUUCAUUUCAUUUCUGACCUUUGUGUUUGUUGUAAUGCUUUGUUAUUAUAUACAGAAAAAGUCAAAUAAACAAGUCUUAACAAGU